AUGCCUACUAUCUCAGCAUCUGAUGGAUUAUGGACUGCUGGGAAUCUCGGCCCUUUGACAACAACAUUCACCGAGCCCGCGAGCUGCUCCCAGGAGCCGUACAAGGUACUCAUGAAAAUGCAGUCUGGAUACCCUCAGAUUGAGUAUGAAUCCAAAUGUAACCAACAAUUCGAUGACUCAUGUCUGCCAACUGUGGCGACCACAUUCCCAUUCACCACGUGGGAUGAAAGAUAUUAUGGCUAUGCAUCUUACUACUCUCCCGGCCUGCACUGCCCUUCCGGCUGGGCUACCGUCGGAGCAGCCACUCGUGAUGCCCACAGCUCAAUCAGUCUCUCGGGUAUUGCAAAGCCCUCCCUCAACACAGGGAGAACCGACCUGUACUUCCCGCAGACUGCACUAGUCAGUGCACUGGAGCCCAGCCAAACCCUGGCUAUGUGUUGUCCGAGCUCGAUGACAGCAAAUUAUGGUGGUGGAUGCUAUUCCGUGCUUUCUGAAAAGCCAACCUCUGGCUGUGAGGCUUACACAUGGAUACAUUACGACGUGGGCUCGGUUCAAACAACGUAUACGGAUGCCACAACUACGGAAACGAGCUGGGAAGAUGGCUCUUCGACUUCGUAUUCUAGUUCCACAUCCACUCGUGAUAUCACUGAGACUGAGGUUCUUGCUACGCUUACUGGCAUAGCAGGAGUGCCUAUGAUUUUCCUCAUUCAUCAUCAAUCGGACUUGGCAUUGGGUGCUACUGGUACGGCUACUUUUACGUCUACCUCGAAUGCUGCCGGUAGAGUAGGCUCGAGAGCAUCUUGGGAUGGGCUGACUGCUUCGCUUGGUGUCUCUGCUCUGGCGAUGGCUCUCGGUGCUGCUAUUGUAUUUGUGGCGUAG